AGUGGCUAUCUGGUGGCAGAUAUGUGUCUUUGCAUAGAGAUGACAGUCAUGCUUUUAAGCACGUAUCUGCUCUCCAGACCAAAAUAUACAAUACCGACAGAGCUGACAUUUUGAGACUCGAUUCCGUGAAGCUUGAAUUUAACCUCUAAGAGCAAACGUGAACAUGUGGCCACAUAGUUGUUUCCUGCAUUUAAAGGGCGUUCUACAUAAAUACAGUUAAAAUGCUCCACAGCAAGCAAAUCAGAGUACUGGUGCUCAAUGACAUGGAGAAGCUUGACCGGGCCUUGUUCCGCCUUGACAAAGGCUACGAGCUCCAGUUUCGCCUGGGGCCGACACUGCAGGGGAAGAACGUGAACGUCUACACCAACUACCCGGUCAUGGGAGAGCCGUUCGACCGACACAAGUUUCGUCUCCUGGAGUGGAUCAACCCCACCGGGAAGGAGGACGACUCUGAUAAGUUUUGUAAACUCGACCUGCAGGUGGCAGGAUCUUAUCAGUAUUACUUUGGCCACAGUGACAAUGAAAAGAAUGGCAGCGGUUACAUCGUGGUCGACCCGGUGCUGCGAGUCGGGGCUGACAACCACAUCCUCCCCCUGGACUGCAUCACCAUCCAGACCUACCUUGCCAAAUGCCUGGGACCCCUGGAUGAGUGGCGUGAUAGGCUUCUAGUGGCUAAGGAAUCUGGUUACAACAUGGUUCACUUCACACCCCUGCAGAAACUGGGUCUGUCACGAUCGUGCUACUCCCUAGCGGACCAGCUGGAGCUUAACCCAGAGUUCUCCCCCCCCGGGAGGCAAUAUACCUGGACAGACGUGGGGAACUUAGUAGAGACCAUGAAGAAAGAGUGGAACAUGCUGUGUAUCACUGACGUGGUCUACAAUCACACCGCUGCGAACAGUAAGUGGAUCCAGGAUCACCCUGAGUGCGGUUACAACCUGGUCAACUCCCCGCACCUGAAGCCGGCCUGGGUGCUGGACCGGGCUCUAUGGCACUUCAACUGCGAGGUGGCAGACGGGAAGUACACCUCCGCGGGGCUCCCCCCACUCAUGCAGGGCGACCGGCAUCUCGCUGCGAUCCGGGCCAUCCUGUGGCAGGAGGUCUUUCCCAGUGUUAAGCUGUGGGAAUUCUUCCAGGUGGAUGUGGAGAAAGCUGUACAGCAGUUCCGGACCCUUCUCCAAAGUGGCAAAGCAGCUAAAUGCAAAGCUGAUAGUAAACAGCAGCUGAGGAUUAUCCAGGAUCCUCAAUUCAGGCGCUAUGGCAACACAGUGGACAUGAACACGGCUCUCAUCAGCUUCAUGCCGCAUGGAGACAGCGCUUCUGCUAUUGAAGAAUGCUGUACGUGGCUGAGAAACAGGCUGAAGGAGAUAAACGACGAGCAAUUCAAGGAUAUGCAGUGUCACCAGGAGCAGGCCGCGAACUGCAUUGUGGGAAAUGUGGUUUAUGAAAGGAUCGCUGAUCAUGGACCCAAGCUGGGCCCUGUCUCACGUAAAGAUCCCAUGGUUACACGGUACUUUACUUUCCCGUUUGAGGAGACGUCCUUGGAAGGGGACCUGCAGCUGAUGCAGCAGCCGGACAAAGCGUGCCACUUCCUAGCACACAACGGCUGGGUGAUGGGAGACGACCCCCUGAGGAAUUUUGCAGAGCCAGGGUCCAAUGUCUACCUCCGGAGGGAGCUGAUCUGCUGGGGCGACAGCGUUAAGCUCCGUUACGGCAGCAAGCCGGAGGACUGUCCCUACCUGUGGGCCCACAUGAAGAAGUACACAGAGAUCACGGCCAGACACUUCUGCGGCGUGCGACUGGACAACUGCCACUCCACCCCGCUCCACGUGGCUGAGGCGAUGCUGGCUGCGGCCAGGGCGGUCAGACCCAAUCUGUAUGUGAUAGCCGAGCUCUUUACAGGCAGUGAGCUGAUUGACAAUGUCUUUGUAAACAGACUGGGGAUAACCAGUCUUAUUCGAGAGGCCAUGAGCGCCGGCGACAGUCACGAAGAGGGUCGGCUGGUGUACCGCUUUGGGGGCGAGCCUGUGGGCGCCUUGGUGCAGCCCAGCCUCCGUCCGCUGGUUCCGGGCAUCGCUCACGCCAUGUUCCUGGACGUCACCCAUGACAACGAGUGCCCCAUUCAGGUGCGUUCGGUAUACGACUCUCUCCCGAGCUCGGCAGUCGUCUCCAUGGCCUGCUGUGCCACUGGAAGCACUCGGGGCUACGAUGAGCUUGUACCCCACCAGAUCUCCGUGGUGAAGGAGGAGCGCUUGUACCCAAAGUGGAACCCCCAGACCAGGCCCUCAUCUCCGGGGGAGGUGAACCUCCAGAGCGGGAUUAUUGCCGGCAAGCUGGCACUGAACCGGCUACACCAGGAGCUGGCAGCCAAGGGCUUUAUCCAGGUGUACGUGGACCAGGUGGACGAGGACAUCGUGGCCGUCACACGGCACUGCCCCAGCACGCACCAAUCGGUGGUGGCGGUGUCCCGCACCGCCUUCCGAAACCCCAAGACCACUCACUACAGGGACGAAGUUCCACCCAUGUUUAUUCCCGGUAAGAUCGAGGAGAUUGUUCUGGAAGCCCGCACUGUGGAAAGGAGCGCGGGGCCGUACCGGAAAGACGGGGGGAGCAUUAACGGCCUGCCUGAAUACACAGUGGAGAUUAAGGAGCACAUCCAGCUGGACGAGAGCGGCAUCGUCAGGCAGGCCAGCGUGACGUCCAAGGGCCGCAGUGAGUUCGUGCAGGAGAUCACCUUCGAGAAGCUGACCCCAGGAAGCGUCAUCGUCUUCAGGGUUAGCCUGGACCAGAAGGCCCAAGAGAUCGUGUCCUCUCUGCGGAGCCACCUCAUCCAGUUCAGCCCCCAUUACAAAUCAGGGAGCCUCCCUGACGACAGAGCUCCAGCUAUACUUAAGAUGCCAUUGACAUCCAUCAUGUCUAAGCUGACGUUGGCGGACAUGAACAUGCUGCUGUUUCGCUGUGAUGCUGAGGAGCAGGAAGAUGGCGGGGGCUGUUACAGCAUUCCUUCCUGGAUGGCGCUAAAAUACGGUGGCCUACAAGGUCUUAUUUCAGUGCUGGCAGAAAUACGUCCCAAAAACGAUUUGGGACACCCCUUCUGUGACAAUCUGAGGCAAGGCGACUGGAUGAUCGACUACGUGAGCAACCGCUUAGUGUCCCGUGGGGGCAAUCUGGCAGAGGUUGGCAGGUGGUUCCAGGCGAUGUUCGAUUACCUCAAGCAUGUCCCACGUUAUCUGAUUCCCUGCUACUUUGACGCCAUCCUUGUUGGGGCCUACAGCACUGCAUUGGAUGAAACGUUUAAGAAAAUGUCGAGCUUUGUGCAGAACGGAUCUACAUUCGUGAAGCUGCUGGCCCUGGGCUCAGUGCAGAUGUGUGGGGUGGGUCGCUUCCCAGCUCUGCCACCCCUGUCCCCAGCUCUGCAGGACGUGCCCUACCGCAUCAGUGACAUCACCAAAGAGAAGGAGCAGUGCUGCGUCUCGCUGGCCGCAGGUCUGCCUCACUUCUCCUCUGGGAUCUUCCGCUCCUGGGGCCGGGACACUUUCAUCGCUCUGCGUGGUGUGAUGCUCAUUACCGGCCGGCACCUGGAGGCCAGAAACGUCAUUUUGGCAUUUGCCGGGACCCUGCGUCACGGCCUGAUCCCCAACCUGCUGGGACAGGGUGUCAGUGCCCGUUUUAACUGCCGAGAUGCCGUGUGGUGGUGGCUGCAGUGCAUCCAGGACUACUGUGUCUGCGUGCCCAGUGGUACAGACAUCCUCACCUGCCCCGUGUCCCGGAUGUACUCCGACGACAACUCGCAGCCCCAAGCCACUGGAGCCGUGGACCAGCCUCUGUGCGACGUCAUGCAAGAGGCCAUGCAGCGUCACAUGCAGGGAAUUGAGUUUCGGGAGCGAAACGCAGGACCGCAGAUCGAUCGCAACAUGAGGGAUGAAGGGUUCAAUAUCAUGGCCAAGGUUGACUGCAAAACGGGCUUUGUGUCGGGCGGGAAUCGAUUCAAUUGCGGGACGUGGAUGGACAAGAUGGGAGAGAGCGAACGAGCUCGGAACAAAGGGAUUCCCGCCACUCCCAGGGAUGGGUCAGCGGUAGAGAUCGUGGGUCUCAGUAAGUCUGCGGUGCGCUGGCUAGCAGAGCUGCACAAGCAGGGGCUGUACCCCUAUGCUGGGGUCACCAUCCACACGGAGGGCAAGCAGCUCUCCGUGUCAUAUGAGGACUGGAAUAACCAGAUCCAGGCCAACUUCGAGAAGCUGUUCUACGUGUCACAUGACCCUGCAGACCCCAAUGAGAAACACCCAGAGCUUGUCCAUAAGAGAGGCAUCUACAAGGACAGCACUGGAGCCUCUAGCCCCUGGUGUGACUACCAGCUCAGGCCCAAUUUCCCCAUUGCCAUGGUGGUGGCCCCUGAGAUGUUCACAGUGGAGAGAGCCUGGGAAGCUCUUGAGAUUGUGGAGAAAAAGUUACUUGGACCUUUGGGAAUGAAGACCCUGGACCCAGACGACAUGGUUUAUUGUGGUGAUUAUGACAACGCCCUUGACAACGACAACUACAACACCGCAAAAGGCUUCAACUACCACCAAGGGCCUGAAUGGCUUUGGCCAGUUGGGUACUUCCUACGUGCAAAGAUUCAUUUUGCCAGGAAACUGGGGAAAGACACCUACGAAAGGACCGUGUACCUGGUCAAGAAUGUUCUCUCUCGGCAUUACGUUCACCUAGAGAGAUCUUCCUGGAAGGGUCUACCAGAAUUGACCAAUGCCAACGGCCAGCACUGUCCCUUCAGCUGUGAAUCCCAGGCCUGGUCCAUCGCCACCAUUCUGGAGGUCCUUCAUGACCUGUAAGACUCCACCCAUUUCAAGCCUUUGCUCGAUUGUGGGCGGGGCCUCACCGGCAUCAGUCUUCCAGAUUUCAAUUAAGGGCAAUCGUGCCCCAGGAUUUAUUUUUCCCACGCCAGCACUUUCUGGAUUCAAAUUAUAUUUUAGGCAAACAAAGUUUCUACAGAAUUUUAGUUUACAGUCUAUGGAAUAUUUAGUAUUAGUGCCACUAAUAAGAGUUUAAAGAUCAUGCCUGUCACUUUUAAGUCAUGGGCUGCCUUCAAAACACAUCACAAAACCACAAAUCAAGAUGAAGUCCAUUAACCCAUUUCAUCACGUGUCUGUGUUUAGUGAGAGCUUGCACUUUGCUAUGAUUUGGUUUGAGCAGUUGUAGCAUUUCAGGUAUAAAAUGCCUGUAGUGUUAUCAGUAUACUUGGCAGAUUGCUGUGUCACAUUAAAAUAGUGUCGUUGCUGUUGGUCUCUCACCUCAUGCUCUGUAUUCGCGUCACAUUAAGCUGUAUUUCAUACUAUGAAAUAAAUGGGAAUGGAAACACCAAAUGAGUAAAUGAAUUUAAACAUCGUAGGACGUGAUCUCAAAGUACAUAAUGUCACCAUGGUUUGGAGAAACUACUACUGCUGAUCACUUGUCUGGGGGGGGUGGGGGAAUGAGGAAUAAUCUGAAAUGGCAGGAUUGCUUAGAGUGGUGCUGACCCACUGCUGGAAUCUGAAUCCGGGACACUCAGUCGAUUCCAGAACAUGCUUACUACAUGGUUAGUCGUUUUAUUCAUAGGCAUAUUCAUUUAAGAGAAAUAUACUCUCUAUGUACACUAGUUAGAGAAGUUGUUUACUUCCAAGGCUAUAUGACGGUUUCCUGUAAGAAACCCACAAAUCUUAUGUAAUCUGAGCCUCUGUGUGCCCCCCACCCCCCCCAUGCUUCUCAGCACAGUCACUGUGUUUUAAACUUGUGGCUGGGUGCUCUCCCUCCCUCCUCUGCCACAGCUCCGCUUUAUUAGAAAAUGCAGCGCUUGAAAUAUUGUACCCCUUCCAGCUGGCCGGAUCAUGAAGCAAUUAAGCCGGACUUCAGAAACAUAGACAGGAAAAUAAAUGGCCCGUAUACACAAAAACAAAUGCAUGAAUUUCUUACUGGCAUCUCAAUUCUCCCUACAAGCGACUAAAAAAAAUCCAAAGACCGACUAGAUUUGGUUUUAAUGGUUAUACAUUUCAGAUGUUUAUAACAGGCUACAGUGCUGUAUUAAUGCUGUUGUACUGGUGUUAUUGUAAUUUUAAAUAAAGAGGAAUAAACAAAAAUA